AUAAAUACCCAAGGCAUGGCACAUCACCGCCGCACCACAAGAGCAACCAUCCACAUCCACGAGACACACACAGCACAGCAUCGGCGUAAAGGGAACACCAGCAAGAUGUCUCAGCUCGCCCGCGCCAGCCUGACUGCGAUGGCGAUGCUCCUUCUCCUUGCCGCUGCUGCGGCGGCGGCGGGGCCGGCGGCCGGCGGCGCGGCUGUGGCGGACCCAGCAGGCUGCCAGGACGACGUUGUGGCGCUCAACGAGGCCUGCUACAAGUACGUGCAGAAGGGCGCGCCGACGGUGCCGCCGUCGCAGGAGUGCUGCGACGCCGUGAAGAGCGUGGACGUGCCCUGCGUCUGCAGCUACCUGGGCAGCCCCGGCGUGAGGGACAACAUCAGCAUGGAGAAGGUGUUCUACGUCUCCCAGCAGUGCGGCGUCAGCAUCCCUGGGAACUGCGGAGGAUCGAAGGUCUGAAGCAAGAACAGGCCGGCUGAAUGGCAAGCUUGGAUAAUGUAAGCAGCGCAGUUAGCGCUGCUGAAAUAAAUAAGACGUCCUGGUCAACUUAUAGGUGACGAUGCCGGAGCACAGGGAAUGUAUUGCCAUUCAGUUGCUGGAAUUAUUUACAGUAUUGUACUUUGACUACGUUGCAACCUGUUGCAAGAUGUAUUGCCAUUCAGUUGCUAAAAUUAUUAUACUUUGACUA